UGCUUUUAGCGAAGAAGGAAGAAGCAAGAAGGAGAAAAGCAGCUCUCUUCUUCUUCUUGUCUAUAGCUAUUAUAUGAUGCAGCUUGGAGACCCUACUACAGUAGUCGUCUCAGAGAUGGUUGCUACGGCGGCCGAAGCACCGCCUGCUCCGCCGCCACGGCCACCACAGGAAGCCGCCACCGAGGCGCCAGACGGGGGUGGCGUGAUCAUAAUCACAGCAACUUCAUCAGGUGAAGGCGACAAUAAGAUGAACAGUGGAGGGAACCGGUGGCCCCGCCAAGAGACUUUGGCUCUGUUGAAGAUAAGGUCUGAUAUGGAUUCUGUGUUUCGAGAUUCAAGUCUUAAAGGUCCACUCUGGGAAGAAGUUUCAAGGAAGCUAGGGGAGCUUGGUUAUCAGAGAAGUGCAAAGAAAUGCAAGGAGAAAUUCGAGAACGUGUACAAGUAUCACAAGAGAACCAAAGAUAGCAGAAGUGCUAAACCAGAAGGAAAGACCAAAACCUAUAGGUUUUUUGAUCAAUUAGAAGCUUUUGAAUCUCGAUUCACUCUUUCUCAUAACCCUCAAUCUCAAUCUCAUCCUCCUCCAAAAUCUCUAUCACAACCUUCUUCUAAUAAUUUCCCUCCAAAUGCACUUCCUACCUCAUUGCCAUUUCUCUCAACAAGGCCCAGUGAUCAUUCAUCAACUACCUUCUCUUACGUCACUGGUGGGACAACUACUGCUAUUAAUACAACUCUUCCUUCCUCGAAUAAUCCUCCUCCGGCGGCGGCAGUGGUGGUGCCGAAUGCGAACCUUUCGACGUCGACCUCGUCGUCCACGGCCUCCGACGAGGACCUUCAGGAUAGGUACCGGAAGAAGAGGAAGUGGAAGGACUACUUCAGGCGGCUCACAAGGCGAGUACUGGCUAGACAGGACGAAAUGCAGAAGAGGUUCUUGGACGCCAUUGAUAAACGAGAACGUGAGCGUGUGGCUCAGCAAGAAGCUUGGAGGAUGCAAGAAAUGGCUCGGAUCAACCGUGAACAUGAAAUCCUCGUUCAAGAAAGAUCCACCGCCGCCGCCAAGGACGCCGCCAUCAUUGCAUUCUUACAGAAGUUGUCCGGAGGAUCACAGCAGCCUCCUCCGUCGACACCGCGGGUGUCGGUGGUGUCACAGUUUCAACCACAACCACAACAGCAGCAAAACCAGCAGGCACUGUUGGUUGUGAUGCCACCAAAUAAUAACAUCAGCUAUGAAAAGUUUGAAAUCCAGAAAAUGGAUAAUAACAAUCACAAUAUCAACGGCAGUGGCGGCGGCGGGGUUGGGGCUCCUUCACGGUGGCCGAAGGCGGAGGUACAUGCGUUGAUAAGGCUGAGGACAAGGCUGGAGGCUAAGUACCAGGAAAACGGCCCGAAAGCUCCUUUGUGGGAGGAAAUAUCCAGUGAAAUGCGGAAGAUGGGGUACAAUAGGAAUGCCAAGAGGUGCAAGGAGAAGUGGGAGAACAUCAACAAGUACUUCAAGAAGAUCAAAGAAAGUAACAAACAAAGGCGUGAGGAUAGCAAAACUUGUCCUUACUUCAAUGAGCUCGAGGCUAUAUACAAAGAAAAGACCAAAACCCAGAACAACAACCACAACCACCUCUUCGGUGAUCCAUUUGGUCACAAUAUAGCGCCAUUAAUGGUCCAGCCAGAGCAGCAAUGGAGGCCUCCCACUCAAGAAGAAGAAGCCGCAAGAGGUUAUCAAGAAUGUGAAGAAGAAGACGACGACAACUACGAAGAUGAAGGAGGGGUUGAAGAAGAAGAUGGAGGAAGUAUUGACUUAGAAGAUGAAGAAAUAGCAGCAGGAGGAGGACGCCCUGGCGGCGGCUGCGGCGCUAGUGGCGGUGAUGACAACGGUGGCUAUGAGAAUAUUAACUCUAAAAAUAAACUUGCUUCAGUGGACACCGUUGAAUGAGAAAAGAUAAGGAAGUUAUAUAUACAUAUAUAUUUCUGAAAUGGAAGUACUACUACUACAGAUAAAUUUUUUUCAGUUUUAUAUAUAUUUCUGAAAUGGUAUAUAUGUGUCAUCAAAUGUGUCAUUAAACACUGUUAUGGUAGUGAUUAAAGCCAUAUAUAGGCGAAGGAGUGAGAAGAAGAUUCAAUUCUUUUAA